AAAUAUAUUGAGGUGUAUGCAAACGCAGCUUAUUUGUGGGCUUUCCAGCUGGUGGAUUUGGAGUCAUGUGAAGAGUUAACGUGGAUAAAAAUAGCUUUCUAAAUAUCCCAAAGUGCAGCUGUUGCUUGUAUGCGCCAUGUAGACUGCAUUUUACACACACAAACACACACAUUCCAGUCUCUCUCUAGCUCUCUCUACAGUCUGACUUCCACACAAAGACAAUUACUUUUUUUUAUUAUUCUUAAGGAUUUUUCCCAUUAAAACAUUUCACAGAGCCUCGCCGGUCAACCAGGUAAGGUCCAGCGGAAGGUGAGGCGUUUUUAGUGCGCUCCAAAUAGUCUUUUAAAUGUAAUUGUUUCAGUUUUUAUUGAACAGCCGCCGUUAGUCCCGCGAUGCCCCGCUGCCUGCGCGACUCUGCAAAACCAAUUUCAAGUCCGUGUUGUAGGUGUCGCUGUUGACCACGUCUGCGUCCGCAGUGCGAGCGUGUGCGGGGAGAGGAGGCUGCGUCUCAAGGCCAUUUUCAAAUCUCAUUGGUGGGCUUGUCAUGUGGUCGGGAGGCAUCCUGACUUACAGAUUGUUUUUCCUAGAUAUGUCAGCUUACAAAGGACAUCUCUCUCCUCCAAAGAACUUAACCCCCCAAAAAUGUCCUUUCCCAGUAGCUCACCUGCGGCAAACACGUUUUUAGUGGACUCUUUAAUUGGUGCUUGCAGGACGGACAGCUUUUACUCCAGCAGCAGCAUGUACAUGCCGUCUGGCUCAGAAAUGGGAACUUACGGAAUGCAAACCUGUGGACUCCUGCCGUCUUUCGGCAAAAGAGGGGAGGUCAACCACCAAAAUAUGGGCAUGAAUGUCCACUCGUACAUACCUCAAUUAGAUAACUGGACUGAUCCGAACAGACCCUGUAGAAUAGAGCCGCCCAGUCAGAUGUCAAACUGUGCAUUUUCACAGAGCAUAAAGGAAGAGAGUAACUGCUGCAUGUACUCGGAUAAGAGAGUGCAAAAAGUCAGCUCGCCAGAGGUCCCCGCAUAUUCUAGCGUUAUUCCCGAAUCUUGUCCGGCCGAUGGUCCCGAGAUCCCGGUCCCGGGCUAUUUCAGACUGAGCCAAACUUAUGCGAACGGGAAACAUCCUGAAAGCUACUGCCAUGAUCCGCCGAGUCCGAACCCGACACUGAUGCAGCUCAGUCGGGUCACCCCGAAACCGCAGUCCUCCUCCUCCUCGGCGCCCUCUAAUUUUGCAGAGGUGGAAAAGAAAGUCGAGGACGUUCCGCAAAACCCCGAGACCACGAGAACGCCGCUCCCCGCAGAGAGCCCGGAUCCCGAGUCCAGCUCGGAGGAGAAAACGGUGGAAGCCCCCGUGUCCAGUCCCGAGCUGUUACAGAAAGAAAGCAAAGACUGCAAGGGCGAGACGUUAACAAACAACUGGUUAACAGCCAAAAGCGGGAGAAAGAAAAGGUGCCCUUACACAAAGCACCAGACCUUGGAGUUGGAGAAGGAGUUUCUGUUCAAUAUGUACCUGACCCGAGAGCGCCGCCUAGAGAUCAGCAGGAGCGUCAACCUGACCGACAGGCAGGUCAAGAUCUGGUUUCAGAACCGCAGGAUGAAGCUGAAGAAAAUGAACAGGGAAAACCGCAUCCGUGAACUGACAUCAAAUCUCACCUUUUCGUGAGCUCGCAUGCGUCAGGGUUUUAGCUGUCUUACUCCCCCUCCCGUCCACCCUCCUCCCACCCACUCAUAUUCAGUUUGAUGCUUUAGUGGCAUUGGACGUUUAUCUGAAAUCUCAACGAAACUGUGACUAAAUAUACUUGUCAAACUUAGUACAUUGUAUGGCGUCGUGUCUUUGUUUUAUUUUAUCACAGGGUAGCCUUUUUAGUCUUAAGUUAUUGGAGAAGUGCUUCCUCCCUCUGCGAGCAGACGUGGAUGUUGUGUCGAUAUGACGAGCUGUGGAAAGAGUUACUCUAUUUCAGUCGUGAAAGCACAUUCAUUGUGGUAUAGUGCAGCAUUUGUUUUGCAGUAAGCCAUUUGCUCAAUAGUGAAAUGUUUCUAUGGGCUUUCAAAGUGGUGGAAAACAAUGUUAUUCUGUGAAUUAAUUGCAUGUUUGUGGCAUGUAUCUUGCAAUAAAUAUUGUCAAAGAA